AUGCCUUUGCGUAAUACGAUACUACUUAUGAAUUUAGGAACAAAAAAAAAGCGCAUGAGGAUACUGAAAAAAGUAUUGGAAAGAGGUUUUGAUGAAACUGAGCAGCUUAUGUCAAUUCUAUCCUACAUCACAAGACUUCACGUUCGUUCGUUUGCUGUUGCUAUCAAGACUUUUAAGGAUAUGAUAAAAAGUAAUGAUGUACAAAUUAUGCAUUCAUUGAUUGUUUUAAUCAACGAUUCCGAAGAAAUGAGGGAGGAGUUUUCUAAAGAUCCACCCCUUUCAUUGAUUCAGAGAGACGAUUUUGGUAAUGUAGUCGGAAUCGAAGGAUUCUUCGGAAUAAUCGUUAAAGAUCUUAAAAAAACUUUAAAUCUUACUCUAAAAUACAUCGAAAGUGACUGCAAAGGCUCACUACUAACCAAUGGUUCGUGGACCGGAGUCAUCGGUUUGCUCCAGAGGAAUGAAGCUGAUCUGGCAGCCAACGGGCUGAUAAUGACUAUCGAUAAAAUGAACGUGAUCGAAUUUACUUUUCCGAUUUUUUUGUCCAAGAGCCGUAUUUUCAUAAAAAAUCCUAGCAAAGAAGAAAUUAAGUGGACCGCUUACAUCGAUCCUUUUCCUUUUGACGUUUGGGUGAGCAUUUUGAUCUUUUUGAUCAUAUUCAGCGGACUGACUGCUCUCAGCUGUAAAAUAUCGUCAAAGUGGCAAGCUUUCCAGGAACAGGAGGUUGAAAGUCAUUCAGCCAUCAACAUGGUUUUCCAGUAUUUUGGGGCCUUAUGCGCUCAAGGUUUCGACUGCGUAACCAUCGAUUCUAUACGAUUAUUAAACUUUACGGUUCACAUAUCCGGCGUAGUUAUCAUGGCUGCAUAUUCUGCCGCCCUUUAUGGAUUUUUAACACUAAAAUUAGAUGACACAUCUUCCCGGACGAUAAAGGGCUAUCUAGGAAAAGGAGGUUACACAUUAGGCGUGAUGCCAAAUUCUGCUGAUUACAGAUCUUUGAUGGUUAAACUUCAUGACUUAACGAAUAGUAGUGUAUUAAGCUAA